CUACUUCUCUCAUCUUUUCGCGGCCAAUAGGGGGUGCAUCUUUUUCCCGCCGCCCGCCACACCCUCUCUCCGUCUCCUGUGCGUUUUCCUUUUCAUAUCACUUCAACGUCAGAUAACUGCAUUUUCGUGUUGACAAUAAAGAUCAGUUAAGAUGGUGAAGUUCACAGCAGAAGAGCUUCGUCGCAUUAUGGACUACAAGCACAAUAUUCGUAAUAUGUCUGUCAUUGCACAUGUCGAUCAUGGAAAAUCCACUCUCACCGAUUCUCUUGUGGCUGCUGCCGGUAUUAUUGCCCAAGAGGUGGCAGGUGAUGUCAGGAUGACUGAUACCCGUGCAGAUGAAGCUGAGCGUGGCAUCACCAUCAAGUCUACUGGGAUCUCCCUCUACUACGAGAUGAGUGAAGAAUCCCUCAAGGCCUACAAGGGAGAGAGGAACGGGAAUGAAUACCUCAUCAAUCUGAUUGACUCUCCUGGACACGUGGACUUCUCAUCUGAGGUCACAGCUGCUCUUCGAAUCACCGACGGAGCUCUCGUGGUGGUGGAUUGCAUUGAGGGUGUGUGUGUGCAGACGGAGACUGUGCUUCGACAGGCUCUGGGAGAAAGGAUUAGGCCUGUCCUGACUGUCAACAAGAUGGACAGGUGUUUCCUUGAGCUCCAGGUGGAUGGGGAGGAGGCUUACCAGACUUUCCAGAGAGUGAUUGAGAAUGCCAAUGUGAUCAUGGCCACGUAUGAAGAUCCACUCCUCGGUGACUGCCAGGUUUACCCAGAAAAAGGAACAGUUGCUUUUUCAGCCGGCCUGCACGGUUGGGCUUUCACCCUAACCAACUUUGCCAAAAUGUAUGCUUCAAAAUUUGGAGUUGAUGAGUCAAAGAUGAUGGAAAGGCUGUGGGGUGAAAACUUCUUCGACCCGGCCACCAAGAAGUGGACUACCAAGAACACUGGUUCUCCUACGUGCAAGCGUGGGUUCGUUCAGUUCUGUUAUGAGCCCAUCAAGCAGAUAAUCAACACCUGCAUGAAUGAUCAGAAGGAUAAGCUGUGGCCCAUGCUGCAAAAACUUGGCGUGACCAUGAAAUCUGAUGAGAAGGAUCUGAUGGGCAAACCACUGAUGAAACGUGUCAUGCAAACCUGGCUGCCAGCAAGCAAUGCACUAUUGGAAAUGAUGAUAUUCCAUCUUCCCUCACCCGCCAAAGCCCAAAAGUAUCGUGUUGAGAACUUGUACGAGGGUCCCCUUGAUGAUCCUUAUGCUGCUGCAAUCAGGAACUGUGAUCCUGAGGGACCUCUCAUGCUCUAUGUCUCAAAGAUGAUUCCGGCAUCCGAUAAGGGAAGGUUUUAUGCCUUUGGCCGUGUCUUCUCUGGUAGGGUCUCUACCGGUUUGAAGGUGAGAAUUAUGGGACCCAAUUAUGUGCCCGGAGAGAAGAAAGAUUUGUAUGUCAAGAGCGUGCAGAGAACUGUUAUCUGGAUGGGAAAGAGGCAGGAAACUGUGGAGGAUGUUCCUUGUGGUAACACUGUUGCCAUGGUUGGUUUGGAUCAAUUUAUUACCAAGAAUGCCACUUUAACAAAUGAGAAGGAAGUGGAUGCUCACCCUAUCAGAGCUAUGAAGUUCUCUGUCUCCCCUGUGGUGCGCGUUGCUGUUCAGUGCAAGGUGGCUUCAGAUCUUCCCAAGCUUGUGGAGGGUCUCAAGCGGCUGGCCAAGUCAGAUCCUAUGGUUGUUUGUACUAUUGAGGAGUCAGGCGAGCAUAUUGUUGCCGGGGCUGGAGAACUUCACCUUGAGAUCUGUUUGAAGGACUUGCAGGAAGAUUUCAUGGGCGGAGCUGAGAUUAUCAAAUCUGACCCUGUGGUGUCCUUCCGUGAGACUGUCAUGGAGAGAUCAUGCCGCACUGUGAUGAGCAAGUCGCCCAACAAGCACAACCGACUGUACAUGGAAGCAAGACCCUUGGAGGAAGGACUUGCUGAGGCAAUUGAUGACGGCAAGAUUGGUCCAAGGGAUGACCCCAAGGUUCGUUCUAAAAUCUUAUCAGAAGAGUAUGGUUGGGACAAGGAUCUGGCCAAGAAAAUCUGGUGUUUUGGGCCCGAGACCCUUGGACCAAACAUGGUGGUGGAUAUGUGUAAGGGAGUGCAGUACCUGAAUGAAAUCAAGGAUUCAGUUGUUGCGGGGUUCCAGUGGGCAUCGAAGGAAGGUGCACUGGCUGAAGAGAACAUGAGGGGCAUCUGCUUUGAAGUGUGUGAUGUCGUUCUUCAUGCUGAUGCCAUCCACAGAGGAGGAGGCCAGAUUAUUCCCACCGCAAGGAGGGUCUUCUAUGCCUCCCAAUUGACUGCUAAACCCAGACUUCUGGAGCCAGUGUACCUCGUUGAAAUCCAGGCUCCUGAGCAGGCUCUUGGUGGCAUCUACAGCGUCCUUAACCAGAAACGUGGGCAUGUGUUUGAGGAGAUGCAGCGACCAGGCACACCCCUUUACAACAUAAAGGCAUACCUACCUGUCAUCGAGUCAUUUGGGUUCUCAAGCACUCUGAGAGCAGCUACAUCUGGCCAGGCUUUUCCUCAGUGUGUGUUUGAUCACUGGGACAUGAUGUCGUCUGAUCCUAUGGAGGCUGGAUCACAAGCUGCACAGCUUGUUGCUGACAUUCGCAAGAGGAAGGGUUUGAAGGAGCAGAUGACUCCACUUUCAGAAUACGAGGACAAGCUUUAAAUUUUUAUUCAGCUUUCAGAGUUAGCUUUAGUUUUUUCUUUUUGAAGUGCUGUUGUGUGUUCUUUUUGUUUAAGCGGCGUAAGUUCUCCUUCCUUAGUAAUUUUGUCAUUGAAAUACUAAGCACUCGUCUAGUAUGUAUUGUUGAACUUGUGAUUGUCAGGUUUCACCUGUAGAUGUGUAACGUAUAGAUUGACGAUUUUUGGUGCUAUGGCAUACAUUUUGAUCGAACAA